AUGGAAUUGACUGAAACUAGUGUACAAAUAAGAGAUUGUUCCAUAGACUUUAUUCCUGUUUACAUUAAGCAAGAGAAUGAUGAACAUGAAGCAGAUUUUAAUGAUAUUGAGAUAAUCAAUGCAGCUCAAAAUUUUUGUGCUAUUGAAAUUAAAGAAAGUAAAGAAUGUACUGCAAUUAAUAAUAAUGAAGAAUCAAAUAUAAAUAACAGAAAUUGUCCACAAAAUACAUCUACUUUAAAUAAUUCAAACUCAACAUUAAAUAUUACUCAACGACAUGAAACUUGCAACAUCAAUGGUAUUUUAAAUAGUUCAGUAUAUUUGCAAAAUUUAGAUUAUGAAAAUAUCAAUAUAGAAAUACAAAAACCUACAAAUCAAAUUGCCGAAGUUUUUAUUAAUCAAAAUGAACAACUACAGACAACCAAUUAUAAUGUUUCAACAGUUACUAUACCAGGUGAACUUCUAGGACUAAAUCUUAAUAUAAAAAAAGAAAUUGAAUUAGAUCAGGAAACAGUUUAUACUACAGAGUGGUUGUGCAAUGUGAAUAAUGAAACUGAUCUUCGGCUAAAGGUUUCAAAGAAUACUAAAGACAAAAUUCAAGAAGUUCCUACUAACAUUGAUGAUGCUAUAACAUUAUUAACUAAACAGAAAGAUCAGUCAUCAGAGAAUGUUAAUAAUUUGAAAACUAAAGAAAGUAAACCUGAAAAAUCUAAAAAACAAUUGAAAAUAAGAUCAAACACACUGCAAGAUUACAAAGAGAAAUUACGAAGGAAAGCAGAGUGUAUGAGAGAGAAAAGAAAAAAAUUAUAUGAACAAGAAAGUGAAGAACAACGUCAACAAAGAUUAGCAAAGGAGGCAGCAAAAAGGCGAGAAAUGAGAAUGUAUUAUGAAACACCAGAGCAAAGAAGAAAAAGAUUAGAUGCAGAAGCUGCAAGGAAAAGAGAAUACAGAAUGUACAGUGAAACACCUGAAGAUAGAAGGAAAAGACUAGAUCGUGAAGCAGAAAGAAGAAGAAUGAAAAGGCUUUCAUUGUAUGCUAGUGAAACUCCUGAACAAAGAAGAGAAAGAUUAAAUAGAGAAUCAGCAAAGCGAAGAGAGGCUCGGCUUAAUCAGUAUGCUAAAGAAACACAAGAAGAAAGAAAAGAAAGAUUAAAGAGAGAUGCUUUGAGAGUCAGAGAAAUGAGAUUUACUAGAUCUGCUAUUGAAACAGAAGAGGAGCGCAAACAAAGGUUAGUAAAAGAUGCUCUUCGAAAAAGGGAGGUAAGAAUACAUGGACGUCAUUCAGUGAAUAAUAAUUUCACUGAGCUCCAAACUGUUCGCAAUUUUGAAGAAUUAAACAAUGUGCAGAUAAAGGAGAAUCCUGAUAAUCAAUUGGGAGGUCAUUACUUGAGUAACUGGAUGGUGUGGUUCCAAAAUUCAUUAGUCCAACCUGUUCAUGUUGGAGAACAAAUCGUCAAAUCUCAAUCUGAAAAUAAUGGAUAA